CGGGGCAGGCGCAGGGGUAGGGGCAGGGCCCGGGCCGCCUCACACACCGCCGCCAGCCACCGCGGCCCGGGCGCCUCGCUGCCGCCGCUAACCGGCGGGGAGCACCGCAGCCCCGAUGGCUAAGCAACCCCCCGAGGUGAAAGCGCAACGCGACGGCGAAGGCGGGCGGCUACCGCCGGCGGAGGGGCCGGGCCCGGCCGCGCAGCUGCGCCCCGGAGCUCCCGCCGCUCUGCCCGGCUCCGCCGCCACGGCGGGGCCUCCGCCGAGGGGCCCGCCCGCCAGCCCCGGUCCCUUCGCUACCCGCUCUCCCCUCUUCAUCUUCGUGCGGAGGUCGCCGCUGCUGUCGCGUUCCUCCAGCGGGUACUUCUCCUUCGACGCUGAGCGCAGCCCCGCGCCCCUCAGCUGCGACAAGGCCACGCAGACCCCCAGCCCGCCCUGCCAGGCCCUCAGCCACUGCCUCAGCGCCAUGGCUUCCCGGUGGCAGUCUCACUCGCUAGCAGAAGACGUACAGCCCGAAAUCUGGAUUGCACAGGAGCUGCGGCGCAUUGGAGAUGAGUUCAAUGCCUCCUAUUGUCCAAGAAGGGGUUUCUUGGAUAACCAGGCAGGAAACCCCCAGAUCAUCAUUUUGCGCCUCCUGCGUUACAUCAUCCGCCUCAUCUGGAGGAUGCAGUGAGUGCCGGGCGCAUUCCGAGGCAUGGGGACUUGUUUACUCGUUAGGAAAGCCCGGGGAGGAUGGACAGAUGGACGGAUGCAGGGCUCCCCACGCCGCCCGGCCCCCGCCUAGCCUCUCCCCCAGGAUGCACGGUGGGGGGCCAUCAGAUGAGAGUGGACAUCCCACGCUGAUCUGCUAGGACUCUCCGAUGCAGGAUUUUAUCCGAGAGUCGUGUUUACUGCGUUUCUCUCAACUCUUUUUUUUUUUUUUUUUUUUUUAAUUAUUUUUUCCAAAUGAGUCUCAGCGAAAAUAUUCAACGGCAACGGAAUAAUUUUUUUGUCAUCGUUUCUGGAAACCUGUCGGCCUGUCUGGGAUAAACCCUGCAGCGGGGAAAAGGAAAGCCUGAGCCAGCUGAUGGGCAGAGCCACCUUAGUUUGCCUUGCAGACCUUAUCGCAGAGACUCGCAGAGCCCUCACCUCUCCCUUUGCCUCCUGGGCCUUUUCCCACAAAAAGGGAUGGUGAUGAUGGAAGAAGGGCAGAGGGAUUUAAAUCAGCACUUCUUUUACCUGUAAAUACCUAAUGCUACCCCAAAUCCACCUUCAUUUGCGUCAUGCAAAUAGCCUAUUUCCUGCUGACUGAUUUUUUUUUUUUAAUUUUUUUUUUUUUUUCCCCACACUCUGAAUUUCAAGACUUAGCUGUCAGACUCCCAGGGUCCAAAAUAUCACAACCAACCAACCAAACAAAAAAACAAAUCCACCAGGUUGCCUUUUUUUAGAAAUUCUUUAUAUAAAAACGUGUGAAAACGCUUAUGUAUUGUAUAAUAUAAUAUAUAAUGUUGGUGACUGAGUAAUUCAGCAAUAAAACGUUCUCGGAGGCAGGUAGAAACAGUUCCCAGCACACCGCAGCUUUGCACUUGGAGGCAACAGCUCCUGCUGCGUAACUUCAGGAACUGUUUUAACUCCUGGCUUGUACCUUGCUGUGGAACACAGGAGGAUUUUUUUAAGGCGCUGGAUUUUUUUUCUCCUGGGAUUCUCUCUGUGUUCGGACAGGACAGCCUGGAGCAGGGGGAUGAGCAGGAUGGGACUGGCGGCCUGAAGACCCCAGAUAUUGGUGCGCAGGGAUGCAGCUGGAAGAGGCGCCGAAGGAUGCCAACCUGGUACAGAUCCACCCGGGGACUUGCCGUGUGAGGUCCGCUCCCCACUGACUGCCACAUCUCCUCCCAGACUGCCCUCCUUGCCCCAGGAAGACCCUUGAUGCCAUCCCAGGGCAUCUCCCCUUCCACCUGGAGACCCUGCCACCUCCCUGGAGGAGCCCUGAAGGCUUGUCAGAAGAAGCAGGUCUGUCGCCUCGGACCCCCCAUGGUCUCCGGUUCAUCAUCUUGCGGGUGGGUGGUUGCUGCAUGGUGGGUGCUUUUGGAGGGGCGGCUGCUCCGGCUACCCCCAUAUCUAUGCACAAAUGUACCCCUCUCUGCCUCUGGAGCUGCCCCUUUCCUCUGGCUGGUGGAGGUGGUCCUCAAACCCACUUCCAAAUGCCGCGGUUUUAUUUCUGGUUUCACCAGCACCAUAGGGAAAAAAAAAAAAAAAGAAAGAAAAAAAAAAAAAAAAGAAAAAAAAGAAAUAACCAAACCCAAGCCCACAAUAGCAGUUUUUCCUGCAAUGCGCAUGCAGGGAGAAGCUGUUGAGUGCCAUGUGUGAUUAUUAGUGUUUUUAAUGAUGGACAAACUGUACAAUCUGACCUCUAUGCACUGGCUGCCUGUGCCUGUCGGGUAGGUGAAGAGCCGUGGUGUUGGUGCGGGGCUGCAUGCCUCCCAUUGCACUCCUCUGGAGGAUUAUGGAGCGAUUUUUAAUUUUUAUUUUAAAUUUUUUUUAUUAUCUUUUUUUGGACCUGCAAGGUGAGCAUCGGUUGCAGGAGCAGGGGAUGUUUUGGAAAGGGUAUUUUGGAGAUGGUGCGGGGAGAACCUUUGCACUGGUGGAGAGUGAGCGGUUAAAACAUCUGGUAAGCUUGGCCGGGGCAGGUUCCUGCUCCUUGUCCCCUUGGUUUUGGCUCACCAUAGGUGUGCUGCCCCAGCCGUGCUCGAGCCAUUCCUUUUUUUCCUGUAGUAUUUAUGUAGAAAACCCCAGCAGGGAGGCUGCCACCACAGGUUUCCCAUGGGAACCUGUGUGAAAUUGCAUGGCUGUUGAUAAAAUUAAAAGAAAAAAAAAUAAAAUUUGGCAGCAGAGGGGGAAACCAAACAAGCUUUUUUUCCUAGCUGAGUUUCAUCCAUCGUCGGUGGAUGAAAUGGUGCUUUCGGGUCUCGCAGCCUUACAGCAUCCUGGCACCGCGCCGCCCAGAAUGUGUCCCUUGGACUACACCAAAGAAACGCCAAGCACUUUACCCCGUCCUCUCCGCUGGGCCACCCCAGCCAACAACAGAGACAAAAAUUGUGUUAAUUUUAAGGGAAAAAAAAUGAAGGUAUUGGCACUGCCUGCCUGGGACUUCUCCACAGGAGGUGUUCCUAGCCAAAAGGUAGGCAUAGGAAAAUUAGCCCCGAAAACCCAGGUUUCACCCCCGUAGAGUUGUGAGGUUUAAGGAAAAAAAAAAAGCCCCAAAAGUCCCUAAAGAGAAGAAUGGUGUUUUUAAAUUAUGAUUAAGCUCAUUUUAGCCACAUUGGCUGACUGCUCUGGGUCAUUUUAAGCAUAACCUGUGGUCUCUGUUCUGCCAAAAGGAUGUGAUGAAGAGUUUUCCUUGGUUGCUGGGAAACCAGAUGUAUUCCCGAGCGAUCUCACACAAUGCGUUAAUGCUUCUCCUCUUUUCCAUAACUGUAAAUACCUGAAUAUUUAUUAGAGUAGGGCACCGUAUUAUUUUCAUCAUCUGAGCCAAAUAUCUGUGUGCAAUGUAUUUCCUUUCCUUUCUCUCAUGUAAGUUUUGUACAGCUUAUAAAUAAGAAAAAAAAAAAAAUUACUUUUUAUCCCUAAACUUUUUUAGAGUUAAACUUGGUAAAUACUGUAGAUUCUUUUUUUUUCCCCAGUGUAAUUAAUGCACUCUACUGUUCCAUAAUGCUGUAACUUGUAGAAAUGUUGUAUAUUUAUUUUCUGCUUAUUUAAGUUCCUGUAAAGAUUUUGUUUCCCCCUUCUCUCCUCCCUGCCCCUGCAAUAAGUGAUGAAUCACCUUCCAAAGCACUGUCUUCUCCUGGCAGUGCAACCGAUGUGGUUUGGAUAAUGAGAUUUAUUAUUAUUUUUUUCUCAAAGUGCCUAAGUCCCACUUUCCAGUAGUGAUUUAGGCACACCCAAGACUUCAGCAUUAGUGAAAUUCGGUGGGAAUUUGGCUUCUACAUCCCUGUGAUUUUUGCCAGUCUCCUUUCAAAGCCACAUUUUCUUCCAUCUCAGCCACUUUCCCUGGACCAGCUUUAACAUCAGGUACCGCCCCAGCGCACAUGGAUGUGCUGAUGAAUCACUAACUUGUUUCACAGGACCCAGCGUAUGUAGCAUUUUUACUGCAAUUUCCCUGGCUUACUUGUGUUUUGCACUGAUGAAUUUUAGACAGGGUAAUUGCCACUUUACUUGUGCAAUACUGCUGUAAAUAACUGCAGAUCUUUUUUUUUUUUUUUUUUUAAGAUGCAAUCUUUUAUGUUCUUAAUAUGAGUUUUAUAUGAAUAAAAACUUCCAACUAUU